AUGACGAGUAUAGCUAUUUCCGCCGAUGAUUUCGGAUUGUUACAAGGCAAGGUGGCCUUGGUGACUGGCGGAGGAAACGGAAUUGGAAGUGCCUUGGUGGAACUUUUGGCUAGCAAGGGCUCCAAGGUAGUUUUCGUUGAUCUCGAGGAAAAACAGUCAAGUGCCUUGGCUCAGAGGCUCUCGGUGAAGUAUGGCAAAGGCUCCGUCAAUUUCAUCAGAGCUAAUGUUCUGGACUGGCAAUCGCUACGUGCAUCAUUUGAGUACGCGUUCGAAUUAUUUGGAACUAUAGAUUUGGUGAUUCCAGUGGCUGGAAUACUUGAAACCAGAGACUUCUUGGAAAUGGAGCUGGACCCAGUGACGGGUCUUCUUCAAGAGCCAAGUUAUCUUUCUUUCGACAUCAAUAUCAAGGGAGUGAUGAACACGGUGAAACUGGCUCUGCAUUAUUUCUCCAAAUCACCCAAGAAGGAUGUGAAGAGGAGACUCACACUUGUGGAUUCGACUUCCGGUUAUUUCGGUGGGUUGGGUCAACUAUCCUACAAAGCUUCCAAACAUGGAGUAACAGGCGUUUUGAGAACGCUUGUCAACUACACAGAACAAUAUGGGUUCGUCAUCAACGCCAUUGCCCCAUCGUACACAGAAACCUACAUGAUGGGUCCUUUGAAGGAAACAUGGGCACAACAAGGAGGCCCAAAAAAUACACCAGAGCAAGUGGCUGCCGCAAUUGCGCAGAUAAGUGUGGAUCCCCAGGCGCAAGGCCAAUGUUGGUUAAUCGUUAACGGUAAGCUCACCGAAAUUGAAAAAAAGAUACAGUCUCUUGCACCAGUUUGGUGCGGAGAAGAGAACUUGGCUCAGCUAGGAAAAGGCAAGCAAAUAUUGGAUUUUAUUGGAAAUUAUCCCCUUCCAAAAAAGAGAGAGGUUUUCAACGACCACGAAAACGAUGCAAAAUUGUGA